AUUACACGCGGAUACUCACAGGCCUCAAGCCUCGGUCUUUCCUGCUCGCCGAGCCCGGGCCAAUGGCUGACACAGCAGCGGAGCAUGAGCCGGAACUGGAACAAAUCCGCCUAAAACACGUCAGGGAGGAGAAGUUUAUCACAGUGCCCGAGGAGGACAGGCUCGGGCAAUGUCGAAGCGUCAAGGAAUUUGAAAAGUUAAACCGCAUUGGUGAAGGCACCUAUGGCAUCGUGUAUCGCGCCAGAGACACCAGGAACAAUGAGAUUGUGGCGCUGAAGAAAGUGAGGAUGGACAAAGAGAAGGACGGAAUCCCCAUUAGCAGCCUCCGAGAGAUCACGCUGCUUCUAAAGCUCAGACAUCCUAACAUCGUGGAGCUGAAGGAAGUGGUCGUCGGCAAUCAUCUCGAGAGCAUUUUCUUGGUCAUGGGUUACUGCGAGCAGGACUUGGCCAGUCUACUGGAGAACAUGCAGACUCCAUUCUCCGAAGCCCAGGUAAAGUGUAUCUGCUUCCAGCUGCUCACCGGCCUUCAGUAUCUGCAUGAAAACUUUAUAGUGCACAGGGAUCUGAAGGUCUCCAAUCUGCUGAUGACUGAUAAAGGCUGCGUGAAGAUCGCCGACUUUGGUCUCGCCCGGGCAUACAGCGUUCCUGCAAAACAGAUGACUCCGAAAGUAGUGACUCUCUGGUACCGCGCCCCGGAGUUGCUUUUAGGGAGCACAACACAGACAACAGCCAUUGAUAUGUGGGCGGUCGGCUGUAUUCUGGCCGAGCUGCUGGCUCACAAGCCUUUACUGCCCGGAACCUCAGAAAUCCAGCAGAUUGAUUUAAUCAUACAACUUUUGGGAACGCCCAAUGAAACUAUCUGGCCGGGUUUCUCCAAGCUGCCCCUGGUUGGUCAGUACUCCGUGCGCAAGCAGCCAUACAACAACCUGAAGCACAAGUUUCCCUGGCUGACUGAAGCCGGCCUCCGACUCCUCAACUUCCUGUUCAUGUACGAUCCCAAAAAGAGGGCUACAGCAGAAGACAGCCUGGCGAGUUCCUAUUUCAAGGAGAAACCUUUACCCUGUGAGCCACAGCUGAUGCCGACCUUUCCUCAUCACCGCAACAAGAGGGUGAGCAGCUCGGGGGCAGAGAACCAGGCCAAACGUGGCAAACAGUGACGCCAGUGAUACACGGAGCUACAGAGGCGAGACGUCGCUACGUGCUGACCAAGAGACUGCUGGCUCACCUCCCAUUACGGCAUGUCGUACAAGCAGUGGCCGCGCCAUCAUUGUGGGAGCCUUGCGUUGACUGACGGCUGUUUUAACCCCUUAUUUGUUUGCUAUUGACUGCUGCAUCCAAGUGAUCUUGGGGUGUCAUCGGUUUGCUGUGGCAGCCAUGGGCCUAAUGAUGGCCUCCAUAUAGAGGCAGGGCCUCUAAAAUACUGACAGGCAGGCCUAAUACAGUGAACUACAUAAGUGUUUUAUGUCAGCGAUCGCAGGUACAAGUCCCACGUGAGAGUAAUAAUCAUAAAAAAAUAAUAAUAAUAAUAAAAGAUUAAAGAUUG